AUGAGCAACACUGAAGUGAAACAAGAAAUGACGAACGAUUUUGGAGAGGAGCAGCAACUGGGUGAGUUGAUAUAUCCUCCCUAUCUCUUUUUGCAGUUGAUGUCGAAUGCGCCCGAGCCCAAGGUGGAGGCGUGCUUGCAAUUGGCGAAGAAGUGGAAGCACGAGGAUCCAGAUCCAAAAGACGUUCCAAAGUACGUUGCGGGCAUCUCCGCCGGACUCUAUGGGACCAAGUCGCAGGCGCUCACCGACGCGUUGAUGCUGAUGUUGGUGGCGCUCUCAAAGACAAAACAGUUUCAUCGGAUGAAUAGCUCGCAGUGCGUCAAGAUCAUUCGGGCCAUUGAAAUUGUUCCUCACCAAGAUAGUCGCUACCUCUACGACGACGUAAUCACGGUGGUGGCUGCCCUCUGGUUUGCGUUCCCGAAACAAGUGGAAGAGUAUGCGAAAAACCGGGGUUCAAUGCUUUUCGAUUUUGUGCUUGAUAGAAUUGUCGACACUUUCGAUGAUAAGAAACCUAUCCUCGACGUCGUUGACAACUUGGCUAGCUUGAUUUUGGCGACACAUGGCAACUAUCCUAAGACGUCCUACGAGUACGUAUUGCAAUGCGAAGGUCGUAUGCACCGCAAAUACUAUUCCCGCUUACACGGAAUGUUUGCGGAAUACGGCAACGAUGGCAGCGAGGAUGAAGAUGAUGAUGAAGAUGAUGAUGAGGUUGUGAAUGAGGAUGAGGGUGAGGGUGAGGAGGCAGAAUCUAAUGAGGUUGGCCAUGACGAAGCCGUUGAAGUUGAGGCUGAAAGCUGA